CACAAAGUUUAUUUCGACUAGACAUAAUUCUUCAUUUAGCUUCAUUAUUGUGCAGUGAUGGAUUUCAAACAGUUUCGUGAUACUGCCGAACUUUCAGACUUUACAGUUUAUAUUGAUAAUGAGAGGUUUAAACUGCACAAGUUUCCGCUCUAUACAAAGUCUGAUUACUUCAGGGAGGUAGCAAGUAGCAAUCCUGUUUGUCAGAUAGGUGACUUCCCUGGUGGACCGAAAUCUUUCACUAUUGUUGCUGAUUUUUGUUAUGGCAAAGAAAUAAAUAUUACUUCUGAGAACGUGGUUUAUUUAUAUGCUGCAGCCGAUCUCCUCAAAAUGAAAGGCAAAGAUAAUUUAUUCGAAAUUUCCAGGAGAUUUUUGGAUGAAAUAUUUUGUUCUGCUCUCGAACAAAACAACAUUCUAGAUUUAAUCAGUGUUUUAUGUUCUGCCUAUGAACUUAAAUCGGAAGUAGUUAAAAAAAUUUGUGAAGAUGCAACAUCACUUUUAACCUCACUAUGGCUUCACGAAUGGAAUGGUUUAAAAGGAUAUUUCUCAACGCACACAUUAAACUGUGCACUUUCAGAACGAGAAAUGUUUAAUAACGAGUCAGUAUCUGACUACCUGGCUUAUCUUCCUUUGGGAAUAUUUUUGAAGAUUAUUGGCGUUGCACGAGAUAAAAAUGUGUGUGAAGACAUUAUUUUAGAUGCUUGUGCAAGGUACUUGGGUCGGAUCCUUGAUCUUUAUGACCCAGAUGUCUCUGAAAAUGGGGUGCCUAAAACUCCGGACGUUCAGAAUAAUACUGAUGGUAAAAACGCUUCACCCAAAGAAAUUUCCAAAGUAGCUGAGAAGAUUAUUUUUGACAAACCAUUUUGUGGUUUAAAUGUAAAAAUAAAGCCAGAUCAUCAGAUAAAGUUGGAAAAACUGUAUAAAGAUAAUAUCAACCUGUUUGAGGAUUUGAAAAAUACUGCAGACCAGUUUGAAAAAAUUUUUGAAGUUCUGUACAAACCAGUUGAUAUUUGUGGUUUUAUUAAUACUACAUGGAUUGUUAAGGCAUUAUUAUUGACAGAUUCAAAUAGAGCAAAGUCUAAAUGCCGAGUGGAUAUUUUAAAAAUAGCUAAAAGAAUGCUUACUAGCUUCUCUGAACAAGAUUUCAAUAAUCUUUCACCUUCUAUACUAAAUGAUAUUCUCAAUGCAGAUAAUAUACCAAUUGAAAAACAAUCAUCAGAAGAAGUUGCCUCACUUUCCAGGAGAAGUUCAAGGAAGAAAAGUUACAAAGACGAGGUCCUAGAGAAGAACAAUACUAGCGACAUACUUAGUAAUCGUAGAAAAAGCAGUAUUAAAGAAGUAAAUGCUGAAGAUGUUGGCGAUAAUCAAGAAAAUAGGAAUGAAACAAAAUGUGAAAAAUUGCCUGAAUCUGUAGCAUAUCGUAUCAUAAAAUAUAUGUUAAAUAAAGCUGAUGAACAAAAGUUAUCAAUGCAACAAUAUAUUCAACUAUUAAAACAAAUUAAAAAUUCAAAUUGUCAGACUCCUUUAGAUAAUGACCUUGUAAAAAUCUUAAUUAAGCUUACAAAUUCAGGUCAAUCGCAUAAUGACGAAGAUAUUCAAGAGAUAAUGAGCCAUAUUAAUUUAAGUAAUUGUAGAGCUGAUACUUUAAAUGAUGCAUUGGCAUUGGAUUUGUUCCCGCCUAAAACUGUUGCUGAAGCAGCUUUGCAUGUAGCUAACAAAAGACAAGAUAAUCACUUCUACACGCCAAGUAAUCUUGACUAUUAUCCUUCCAUGUGUACAUGUUUACCCACCACAUAUUAUACAAAACCGUCAAUGUUACCAAUGAGAGGUAAACUUCGAUGCACUACUGAACAUCUUCCUAAUAAUUCACAUCAUCAUUAUUCAAGAUCAUUUUAUCCAUCUUAUGAAAAAUCACGUAGUGCUUCGCUGAAUAGAAAUUUAUCAUCCGAAUAUAAAUAUAAUGGAUUUUGUCCAUAUUUAUCCUCCUCUUCUUAUCAACCAUUUGCAAAUGAAUUUAAAUAUCGUCCUACUGUUAGCAGCAUGAAGUUUUCAGAUUCGUUCAAUCGUAAUUAUUUCUGAAACGAAAAGCAGAACGAACAGACGAAAAAGAAAACACAUCAUAUGACACAAAGAACAAUUAAAU